CUUAAAAUACCAAGUUCAGUACCUUCUUUCAUUAGUACUCACUCAAGUUAUCAUUUCAUUACUUCAAUUUUUAGGGCAACCAGUUUCCUCUAAAUUUUGAAGUAAAUUCAACUUAUCCGGGUUUACAAUGCACAAGGCUGGCAUUUGGUGGUUUUAUUUCAUAGAUUAGCAUAUUAGCACCCACAGUGGAUUGAUUAAUGAAGUAUUAAUUUAAUGUGUCAAUCCACUUUCUUCCAUUUUUCUAUACGCGGCCCUCAAUGGAAAACAUUUGGACACCACUGCAUUACAGGAUCAAUUCCAAAUCCUGUCAUUUCAUACAAGGCUAUACCUUUUCUUUAUUCUUCUUCAAACCAGAGAAUUAAUGGAUUUCCACAAUCUGUCUUAAGCUCCUCUUAUAAGGGCUUUUUGGGAAGAGAUAACAAUAAACACCAUCUCAUCCUAUUUCACUGCAGGGCUUUAGCGGUGUUAGUAUAGUUUGUAUGGAGCAUGGCAGAUAGCUAUCUGCAGUCAUUGUGCCACUCAAUAGCCGGCUAUUGUUGCACCUUCACGUGAGCUCAAACUGUUCACAUUUCAUUAUAGGGGAUCAGGAUGGUAAAAGACACUUUUAAAAAAUGUUAUUAAAAGACUUUUUUUUUUUGAUCAAGCAAAAGACGGAGAGGCAGCUGUCUUUUGUCUAGUAUGAUUUUUCCUUUAAAAAUGUUGCAUCUAAACAUAAACAAGAAAACUCCCAUUUUCAUGCAUGUGUUGUAUACAGUAGAAUAAUGCAAAAUCCAAAGUGUAAAUCAGGGACCAUUUUAACAAAAAAAAUGGGAUUGAUCAAGAAAACAGUCCAACUUUACAAGAAUAAAUGCGAAAUAUUAGAAGAAUAAAGUCAAAUUAUUAACAGAAAAAACACAAUUAACAAGAAUAUAGUUAACUUCAAAGCGUCAUAUAUUACCAGUCGCAUAAUAGUAGAUGGUGGUGAGCAGUGUCCUGCGCCCUCUGGUGGCUAUAGUCGGUCAUUGCAAACAACACGAACGCGACACAGCGCACGGGCGGCAGCAGUGACGUGCGGGCGGAAAAGGCGGGAGAAGUCUGCCGCUUCGAGGUCCGCUCACAUGUUAAGAACGGCAGCACGACAACAUAACGACUAAAAUGGACGACAAGUUAAUAUUGGCUGUGUUUACUUACCCGGAGCUGUACAACGUCACUUUGGCUAACUACCGCCACACGGAAAGUCGUACGAACGCCUGGAGGAACAUCAGCAUCUCAGUGGGCGUCCCGGUGGACGAGUGCAAAAGGAAAUGGAAGAACUUGCGAGACCGCUACUUAAAGGAAGUCCGCCUGGAGAUGCGCAACAAGAAGCAAGGAGAGCUGGGCCAAAGCAAAUGGAAGUACAGACAACUCCUGAACUUCAUUGCUCCGUUUACCGGAUCGAGGACGAGUGUGGCAGAUAUGUGCGGCGGCGGCGACGACGACAAUGGCGAGCAUGACUCUGGUAGCAUGGAAGAUGAAACAAUGCCCUCAGAGAAGGCCAAGACGCCACCCAUCACAAAAACCGCCGGAGGUCAAGCUGACACCAAGUCCCUCACGGGGCUCGUCACGCAGCUCCCCUCUCCUGACACCUUAACGGCCAACAUGCCCCAGACUCCUCUAACGGGCAAAAUUGCACGUAAACGAAUGCUGGUAAAAGACCAUCUGCCGAACGCGACAUCCCCGACUAAAUGGGUGGUGACAGAAAGCAACCAGUCAUUUCCCAGCAGGCCUCAGGACGAGGACGAACUAUUCCUUUUGAGCUUCGUCCCGGCGCUUAAGAGACUGGCUCCUCAGAAGAGAUGCGAGACCAAAAUGAAGAUCCAGCAGGUCAUGUACGAGGCUGAGUUCAACAUAGAACAGAUGGAAUGUCAUGAGAAAAAACAUUCGGAAACACGAAACUGAGCCAGGACUUCUAUUUUUGUCAAACGUCCCACAGUCGUGUACUGAAAGUUUGUCUUAUCUUGAUGUUGGAAUUGAGUUUAAAAGCGCUUUUCGUAAGCCCUAGUACUUGGAACACGCAAUUAUGUGUGUCUGCAGCUUUAAUGCUAAUGACCUGUGUUUGUCCAGUCCAUCUCCAAGAAGCUCUAUUGUCUACUUUUCCCAGUUUUUACAUAACCCUAACGUAAUAGAUACCAUGUAUCACGACAACCUAACAUUAGCCAAAUAGGGCCUUAUAAAGCACAGAAAGUAGCCAUUUAAUAAGCCCGAGGAGAAAUGUUUGCACAAUAUUAAUUAUAUAUUAUUUCCCGAUAAACACAGGAUCAGUCGUACAAUCUGACAGAUUAAAGCUCAACAAAAAAAAGCAUCUCCAGAUAGGUUUAAUUUUUUCUGCACUUCAAAUUAAAGUGACUUAUAAUCAACAGGUUUAAUUUUUUUAAAUUGCAUCUGAAGAAGAAACAAGACCCAAUAGUUGAAUCAAUGUAUGUGCUGUAAAUAUUAAUGGCUCAAAGAAAAAGUUAAGAUUCUUCAUUCAUUACAACAGUGAUGUGUG